AUGGACGAGAAUUACCUCAACAGUCUGUUCGCACACACCCAGGAUGUCAGCAGCGUGCGGCUCAUUCGCAACAAAACCACGGCGGCGUCCGAGGGCUACGGGUUCAUCGAUUUCCGCACCCGGGAGGCGGCUGAGCGAGUGCUGUGUUCAUACAACGGACGACAGAUCCCGAACACCGACCACGUGUUCAAGAUGAACUGGGCAUCGAUCGCGGGGUCAAAAGCACCACCGCCCCAAGAUUACUCCCUAUUCGUUGGCGACGUGGCGCCUGAAGUGAACGACUACGUCCUUAUGGAGCACUUUCGACAGUACUACCCCUCCGUUCGCAGUGCAAAGGUGAUGACUGACUCCGUGACAAACCGGUCAAAGGGCUAUGGUUUUGUUCGCUUCACAAAUGAGGCAGAGCGCGAUCGAGCUCUUCAUGAUAUGAACGGAUCCUUCCUUGCCAAUCGAUCCAUCAGAGUUAGCCUGGCCACAGCACGGCGAUUGGGUGGUGGGGGUGGGACAUCAGGCCGCCAGAGCUCACAAGUGCACCCUUCUGAACUGGACCCCACCAAUACUACGCUCUUCAUUGGGGGCCUGGGUGCCACUGUGACAGAAGACCAGCUGAGGAGCAUCUUUGGGAGGUAUGGAGAAAUUAUUUACACAAGGGUCCCACAAGGCAAGGGAUGCGGAUUUGUCCAAUACGUUGAGCGAAGGGCUGCAGAAUGUGCAAUGAGGGAACUGAACAACCAGGUAAUUGGCAACUCUGCAGUGCGGAUUUCUUGGGGCAGGAGCACUGCCAGAUCUGGGGCGCAAGUGGGAAGUACCGCAAAUGCCCAGAGUUCUAUGUCGUAUAGCUAUCCCACAGGCUACACUUCUGGCUAUGGGUACGAUGCAACAGCUGGCCAUGCAGGGUAUGUUUCCAAUGAUGCGUAUUCCAGCUAUGGAGGAUAUGCAGGGGCGUACACGGGCCAAUCAGCUGUGGGGUACAACAUGUCUGGGGCUUCUGGGGCAUCUGGCCAGAAUGGCAGUUCUAGUGUUGUACAGCCUGCCAUUUACGAUCCUCGAGCACCAGACGACCUUGACAAGCUGAACGAGGAGUUUAUUCUGAGGAACCAACCCCCUUUGGUAAGCUGCAUGCUGAGGAUGCAGGACUGCUGA